CAGCUCUUAUUCUGAAGGCCAGCCCGGAAGUGCGUGGUGACGCGGGCAGCUUGAGUACGGCGGCUCGCAGGAUCAGUCCGCGCUCCGCCUGCUGACGAUGGGAGACGUUCUCUGCGAAGAGCUCGAGGACCUGGUUCAUUUCUCAGUGACCGACCUGCCGGCUCGAGGUUAUGUCGUCAUGGAGGAGAUCCGACGUCAGGGGAAACUCUGUGACGUCACGCUCAAGGUCGGGGAUCAUAAGUUCAGCGCCCACCGUAUCGUCCUGGCGGCGUCCAUCCCGUACUUCCACGCCAUGUUCACUAACGACAUGGUGGAGUGUAAACAGGACGAGAUCCUGAUGCAGGGCAUGGACCCCAGCGCUCUGGAGGCGCUCAUUAACUUUGCGUACAGCGGACACGUCGCCAUCGACCAGCAGAACGUUCAGUCGCUGCUCAUCGGAUCAAGCUUCCUGCAGCUGCAGAACGUGAAGGACGCCUGCUGCUCCUUCCUGCAGGAGAGGUUACAUCCGAAGAACUGUCUGGGUGUGCGUCAGUUUGCAGAGACCAUGAUGUGUACGACUCUCUACGACUCAGCGAGCAGCUUCCUCCAUCAGCACUUUGUGGAGGUCUGUGAGUCCGAAGAGUUCCUGAACCUGAGACCGGACGAGGUCCUGGAGCUGACGGGCUGCGACGAGCUGAACAUCCGGGCCGAGGAGCAGGUGUUCGAGGCGGUGCUGUCCUGGGUGAACCAGGACCGGGUGGGGAGGGAGUCCAUCCUGCCAGAGCUGCUGUCAAAGAUCAGACUUCCUCUGUGCCGGCCUCAGUUCCUGUCAGACCGGGUCCAGCAGGAGGACCUGGUACGCUGCUGCCAUAAGUGCAGAGACCUGGUGGAUGAAGCCAAAGACUUCCACCUGAUGCCGGAGCGGCGCCCUCACCUGCCCGCCUACAAGACCAGACAGAGGUGCUGCACCUCCAUCACAGGACUCAUCUACGCAGUGGGAGGACUCAACAGCUCAGGUGACUCCCUAAACGUCGUGGAGGUGUUGGAUCCAAUCGGUAACUUCUGGGAGCGCUGCCAACCAAUGAGGACGGCUCGCAGCAGAGUGGGCGUGGCUGUUGUGAAUGGGCUGCUGUACGCUAUUGGUGGAUAUGACGGCCAAUCACGGCUCAGCACGGUGGAGGUUUACAACCCCGAGACAGACAGCUGGACACAUGUGUCGAGCAUGAACAGCCAGCGCAGCGCCAUGGGAACGGUUGUGAUUGAUGGACACAUCUACGUGUGCGGCGGCUACGAUGGGAAGUCUUCUCUGAACUCGGUGGAGUGUUACUCUCCGGAGACGGACAGGUGGGCGGUGCUGACGGAGAUGAGCGCCAGUCGAAGUGCGGCCGGGGUGACGGUGUUCGACGGACGGGUCUUCGUCUCCGGCGGCCAUGACGGUUUACAGAUCUUCAACACGGUGGAGUCCUACAACCAUCACACGAACCGCUGGCACCCCGCAGCAGCGAUGAUGAACAAGCGUUGCCGUCACGGCGCGGCGGCUCUGGGCAGUCACAUGUACGUGGCGGGGGGGUACGAUGGUUCGGGGUUCCUGAGCGGGGCCGAGGUCUUCAGCUCGGCGUCGGGUCAGUGGAGCCUCCUGGUGGCCAUGAACACGCGGCGCAGCAGAGUGUCCCUGGUGUCCACGUCGGGCCGUCUGUACGCGGUGGGCGGGUACGACGGACAGUCCAACCUCGGCUCGGUGGAGAUGUACAACCCGGACACCAACCGCUGGACCUUUAGAGCCCCCAUGGUCAGCCACGAGGGGGGCGUAGGGGUGGGGUGCAUCCCACUGCAGCCCACUUAAGCCGUCCAAUCAGAGACCAGGACCUGAUGCUUUACUGACGCUGCAGGCGGGGAGGCAGCGCCCUCUGCUGGCGUUCCCCGGGCUUUAUUGGUACGAUGACGGGCUCAGACCUGCACACCGGGCCUGUGGGAUUAUGGGUAAAAACUUUAGAGCUAGCCUGUGGAGGCUAGCUGCUAGCUUCAUGCUAACAGUGGGUGUGUGGAUGGAUUCGUGCUAACGUUGAUUUUCUACUUGAUUAAAGCCACAAACAGGAAGUCACUCUGAUCAGAAUCCACUGGACCGUCUGAUUGGACGACUGGAACCAAUGAGAGAGCCUGACAAGCAGGAAGUGAUGCUGUAGACACACAAACAGAACCUUAGACACGGUCUGGUAUCCAUCAGCGCCCCCUACAGGUGGAAGACUUCAUUACAGUCUUACUCUCACAUCCUGUUUAAAGAUUAACCUGCUAGCAGCUGUUAGCAUGUUAGCAUCUGUUUUCCUGCUAGCAUGUUAGCAUUUGUUUUCCUGCUAGCAGCUGUUAGCAUGAUAAAAGUUGUUAACCUGUUAGCACAUGUUAGCAUUUUAGCAUGUAUGCAUCUUUUAGCAGCUGUUAGCAGUUGUUAGCAUUUUUACAGCUGUUAGCAUGUGUUGUCCUGUGGGGGGCACUGUGGGGUUUGGGGGGUCAGGGUUCAGCCUCUGAGGAGCAGGCGUGUCCUUGGUGAUGCUGACUGCAGCUCAGAGGGUUCCUGAAGGUCUCUCGGACCUGCUGAGGAGGCUGCAGAGACUCACUGAUCAGUCAUCAGGCUGCCGGUCUGCAGCUCCACAUAGACCACAGACUGGGAUCCCUGGGGGGUCAGACUCGUCUCUAUCAGAACCAGCUCUCACUGAUUCAGCACUCAGCUCUGCUGAUGGAUCAGACCCUGUCCCUGGUUCUCUGUUCUCCCUCCUUAGACCUGGUCCUGGCCCUGCAGAGGUCAUGAUGUCAUCGGUGUGUCCCUCUGCAGCCUCCGUACAUGUUUCUGUGUUGUUGAUUAUUUAUGAUGAUUGUUGUUCUGAGAGGAUUAAAGGCUGCUGUUCCCUGAA